AUGAAGUUAAUCCUCCCAUCCGCCAUCGCGGUUCUCUUGGUCUUCUGUGCCUUCAGUACCGUCGAAGCCGUCGAUCCUCUCGAUUUUCUCUUCAGCUCAAGCAUGGUCCACUAUCCACGCUACCGUACUCGUUCGUCCGCUGCUGUCACUCCGGACCUCGCAAAAAGAGCUCCACCAGGCUGCAUUUGCACGGAGUUCCUCGGCUGCCACGGACCAGGAUGCAUGCGUCGUGCGUAUCGAGAGCGUAUUCCAGCCUUCUGA